UUCCUUCUCCAGCCCCUCCCCAACCCCCAGAGCAUGCAGAAUCCUGAAGCAGAGAGGCAGGGCCUGAAGGAGAGGGCCGGGGGUCGUAAUGUAAAAGGGACCCCCAGAACCCCCAGGCGUGGCCGAGGCAACUCCUCUGGGUGAGGAGGAAGUGUGAAGACACCAGGCAGGCUCUUGUGGAGGGGGCCCAACAUGAGAUGCUCACACAGGAAGCGCUGAGGCGCACAACGAAGAGCUCCGCUUCCCCUCUGGGGACCCAGAAUAGAAAAAAAAAAGAGAAGUCGAGGCAGGCUCAGCUGCGCGGCUGAAAGAGCGGCAGGCCCAAAGCGGGUGUCUGGGCCCCGGGGGUGGUGAGGGGGUGGGAGGACCAGCCGGAAGGAGCCCCAGCCAGAGCAGCAGGAGUCAGAGUGGGCGAAGCGGAGCUGGGGGCAGGGCGGGCAGAGGCCGGAGCUGCCUGCUGGGGAAACAAAGCCACCCCGCACCUAGGCAGGGCUGCCGGCCAUGGGCAACCUGAUAAAGGUAUUGGGCAAAGAUUUAGAAAACUGUCCUCAUUUUUUCCUGGAUUUCGAAAAUGCCCAGCCCACGGAGGCCGAGACUGCGGUGUGGAACCAAGUCAACGCGGUGCUGGAGGAAGCUCAAACCAUCCUGGCUGAACUGCAGUCCUAUACCGGAGCGGGCCAGGAAAUUAGAGAGGCCAUCCAGAACCCCAACGACCUCCAGCUACAGGAGAAAGCCUGGAAUGCGGUUUGCCCCUUAGUGGCUAAACUGAAGCGCUUCUACGAGUUUUCUCUUCGGCUCGAGAACGCCCUGCGGAGCCUGCUGGAGGCUCUGACCAGCCCCCCGUAUGCCCCGACCCAGCACCUGGAGAGGGAGCAAGCCCUCGCGAAGCAGUUUGCCGAAAUCCUCCACUUCACGCUCAGCUUUGACGAGCUCAAGAUGACCAACCCGGCCAUCCAGAAUGACUUCAGCUAUUACAGAAGAACAAUCAGCCGAAACCGCCUCAACAAUCUACAGUUAGAUGCCGAGAGCGAAGUCAACAACGAAAUGGCUAACAGGAUGUCCCUCUUCUAUGCAGAGGCCACGCCGAUGCUCAAAACUCUAAGCAACGCCACCACUAAGUUUGUCUCUGAGAACAAGACUCUCCCCAUAGAAGACACCACUGACUGCCUAAGCACUAUGGCCUGUGUGUGCAGGGUGAUGCUGGAAACCCCGGAGUACAGGAGCAGGUUCACCAACACGGAGACCCUCCUCUUCUGCAUGAGGGUCAUGGUCGGCGUCAUCAUCCUCUACGACCACGUGCACCCCGUGGGGGCCUUCGCCAAGACCUCGAAAAUCGACAUGAAAGGCUGCAUAAAGGUCUUGAAAGAUCAACCUUCAAACAGCACGGAGGGGCUCCUGAACGCUCUGAGAUAUACCACCCGACACCUGAACGACGACACCACUUCGAAGCAGAUCCGGGCCCUGCUGCAGUGACGUCUCCCCCAUCCCGGCUGGACCCUGCUGCGGGGGACCCCACUUAGGCGCCCCUGGACACGGGGCCCUGCCGCAGCCAAGCCCCCGGCUGGGCCUUCAGCGGUAUUUUAACGUCGAUGCGAUGCCAAUAUAAAUAACCACGACCGUGCCCCUCGUUUUGUAAAGAAAGGGAAAAGUUUUAAAAAACAGUAAACUAAUAUUAAUAUGAGCCACCCACUGAACAAAACCCAAAUUCCCCUCAACCUCCGGCACAUGUGAGCACGUGUCCCUCCCGCUUCCCUUUCCCCUUGAAGGUGAUGUGAUUUGUAGGGAAUAAUAAUAAUAUAACGAUGGAAUUUAUUAAUCAAUCAAUCAAUCGUAUUUAUU